AUGGAGGAGGUAGAGGAAGUUAAAAGGAUUCUUGAUAGGUAUGAGAAUUUUUCAGGCCAGAAAGUGAAUUUUACUAAGUCAAAUAUUAUGCUUAGUAGAAAUGUGGAGGGCACAAUAGGGGCUGGUUUGGCAGGAGUUUUCGGUGUUAGAGUGGUAGUGGAUCAAGCUAAACAAAGGUCUAAUCCUAGUUAUGUGUGGCGUAGUAUUUUGGAGUCGCAAAAGGUUAUGAGGAAUGGAGCUAGAAUUCGAAUAGGUGGUGGUAAGAGCACUAGGGUUUGGCAAGACCCAUGGCUAGUUGACGCGGGUAGAAUUAUUGUUACUGACCCUAUUCCAAUUUUACAAAGGAAUGCUUUGGUUUCUCAGCUUAUGGUGGAUGAAUCUAGAGCUUGGGAUGCAAACUUGGUUAGGGAUAUAUUUUUUGAAGAAAUUGCUGCUGCUGUGUUGAGGGUCCCUCUGAGUAUAAAAAAUAUUCCGGAUCGCUGGUUUUGGCUACUAGAAAAAAAGGAAACUUUAGCGUUAAAAGUUGUUACAGAUUGGUUCGAGGUGAGGAAGGAGGCGAAGUGGAUAUGUAGCUCAGUCGAAUCAGUAGCUCACCUCUUCAUGGAUUGUGGUUUUGCGAAGGAUUGUUGGAUUCAAGCAGGUUUGGGAGUUGUGAGCGUAUCGGGGCUGAACUUUUCUGUAUGGUUGAAAUCGUGGUUAAAGGAUUUGGAGGAAGAAGAUGCGUGUUUGGCUGCUAUGGUCUGUUGGAACAUAUGGAUUCAUAGAAAUAACAUUGUUUGGUCAGCUAAGAGAGGAAUGGUGGUAGAGGUGUUGAACAACUCUGGUCAUCAGUUGGUGUCCUGGAGAAGAGCUCGGGCUAGCUCACACCCCGCUGCUCUUUGCUUGCUGGAUAAAGGAGAUGGCAGAGACAGUAAUGGUGUUGUGAUUCAUGCUAGAGCAGUAAAUUUUCUAGGUAAUUUUGAUUCUAGAGUGGCUGAAAUUAUGGGCAUCAGGGAAGCUCUGAGUUGGGUUAAGGUGAAUCAAAAGGUGGUGAUUUAA